AUGUCUACAAAUUUAUCAACCUUCCUUACAAAACAACCAUACAAUAUAAAUUCACGCCAUCAAUAUCCAUCACAAUAUAUGUUUCCUUCAUAUAUGCAAGGAUCUGAUGGAAUAAUAUUUAAUAUGAAUAAUUUUUCAUCACCAUCAGAUCAAUAUACAAAUAAACCAAUGCUACCUGAUGUUCAUAAACAAUAUGGAGCAGUUCCAAGUGAUUCAUAUGGGCAAUUACCUCCAUGUUAUCCACAAAAUCAAACAGGAAGAUAUGGGAAAGAAAUGAACAUGGAACAUGUUGAAGAUGAAGGUGAACGAAAGUAUGAACAACAAAGAACGUCAUUAUCAUCGAUAUCUACAAUAGUCGAUGGUGGCGUGGUGGCUCUAUGCAUCUCAUUGUUAGUCAGAUAUCAGAAGGUUUGA